CACGCCUGGCCGCGGACGGCGGUGUCUCCGCCGCUGUAGCGGGCGGACGCGAGCGCAUGCGCACGCCUGGCCGCGGACGGCGGUGUCUCCGCCGCUGUAGCGGGCGGACGCGAGCGCGUGCACGGCGGCGCGCGUUGAAAUGGCGGCGACGCGUUACCGGCGGUUCCUCCGGCUCUGCGAGGAAUGGCCGCUCGAUCACACCAAGAAGGGCCGCGAUCUCGGCGCCUUUCUGCGACAGCGGGUGGCGCUGGCCUUCCGAGAGGGCGAGAACACCCAGAUUGCAGAUCAAGAGAAAUGUGACCAGAUGUAUGAAAGUUUAGCUAGAAUCAACUCUGCUUAUUACAAAAAAAAGUACCCUCGUCUCAGAAUCACAAGUUUUACUGGUGUGACAGCGGAAGAAUGUCGAAUGGUUCUUGCAACAGAACAAAAAAAGAAAGAAGAGCAAAAUUGCCUGGAUAUCGGAGGAUCCCCACAUGCGCCAUGGAGUUCAAAAUAAUUUUGAUAAUAUGAAACAAAUGGAAGAAAUGAAGAAAGGUAUGUGGAAAAAGCUGCGAGAGAAGUUCACAGGGAAGCCAGAUAAUGAUACCAAGGAAUAUGUCUAAUUGUUGCAUCUUACUGAAACUGCAAUUAGUAUUUAUAUGUUGGUUGCCAAAUAAUAAACAUCUGUUUUCUAGAAUUAUUUUUGGACUAUAUGUUUAUGGAAAAAUCUAUGUAAUUUGAAAGUUUAAUUUGAAAUAUACUAUUACACAUGUUCAAAUACAAAAGUUCAUAUUUUAAAAUGUA